UUGUUGUUCGCUAAGUUUCUCGUCUUAAUCAACGGAUCGUUCCGUUUUCUCAAAACUUGGCUGAAAUUGUGAAUUUUCUAAAGCAACCGGAUAGUGAUUUUGAAACUUUUUGAGUUUACAAAGUUCAUUCAAAUUUUUCGCUUCCAUUAAUCACCUAACUGCAUGCAGCUUUAUGUAAAUAAAUAGAAAAAUACAUUCACUUUCUUCAGAAAAUUUAGAAGAAAAAAAAAUAACUACUUAUCCGAGCAAGUUACAAGGGAUAUCCUUAUCCUUACCUGUUCACGCUAACUUCAAUUGCCAAGGUUAGAAUUAUUAUGGUCAGGUACAAGCGAUUCUUGACUACGCCUAAGCCAUUUGCUAUUCGACUUUUAAGAAAAGGUUGUUCUAAUCGACCAUUUUAUCAUAUAGUAGUGGCUCGACCUGAAGAGCGCUGUAUAAGCUCUGGUGUUGAACAGAUUGGAGUGUAUGAUCCCAUGCCUAAUGAACGUGGUGAAAAGCUUAUAUCUUUAAACCUUGAAAGAUUUAAAUAUUAUGUUGCGGAAGGUGCCUGGGUUCGAUCAACUGUUGCCAUGCUCUUAGGUACUGUUGGUGUUACUCCAAUUCAUCCUCAUGCUUAUACUUUAGCUUGGCGAAAUCGUAGGCAUCAGUUGGAGUUGGAAAAAGAUGAAAAGCAAGAUUCAGAUAAAACAAAUUAAUGUUUCAGAACUGAUUGUUAAUUAUCUUAAGCACAUUGUUUAGAAAUGUAGAUAUUUUUAGUUUAAUUAAACUUUAUCUUAAAAUUUU